UAUGGGGGAAUGCUUCCGGUGAAAUGUCAAUAAGCUAAUUUUUUUUAAAGUUCUGCAAAUAUUUUCUCAUUUACUGCGCUGUCAGCGAUAAAAAUUGAAUGUUACGUUGAGAAAACGGUAGUUAAACUUGUCUGCAUUGAUUUUGAAGAAGAAUUACUUAGUGUGUCAAUUUGUUUAUUCAUCGACAGAUGUCAGAAAGAUGAAUGCUGUUACAGCAGCGACUGCCAUUGCUAAUUCCUCGUUCGCAAAUGAGACUGUCCAACAGACAAUUUCUACGCUUAGACCUUCCUCAGCUGCGGGAAACCAUGCGGUUGCUUACAUCGUUAUACCACUGGGAUGCUUAGUCUUGAUUAUUGUCUUCGCACUUGUGAUCAUGAUGAUUUUCAAAAGAAACAGGAUGGAGCGACUGCGACACCAUCUCAUGCCUCUCUACAACUUUGAUCCACAAGAGGAAGAUUGGGAGUCAGAACUGCUUGAUGACAAAGGUCGCCGCACUUACUACAAAGAUGGGGCCACCGGUUCAACAGUUCCUCAGCUGCAGUUUAAUACUUAGUCCUGGAUGAAUACAAGACAAGAUCUAUGCUAUGUAGCAGUGCAGCACAUUAGAAAUAGGAUUUGAAAUUACAGCUCAGAGGAAAAGAUAGUCAAAUGACCGUUUCUGGGUAUUUCAAUGGUUAAAAUUGCUAUGGAAAAACAGUGCAUGAGAUUGAAGUGUCGUCCCAGAUUAACCUGGGCAGUCUGCACUGGCUUAUCAGUGACAACCUUUUUGCUUUAAUGGUAUAAUUUUGUAUAAAGAAAGUCACCUCUUAGCAAAAAUCCAGUUUAGGUGUAAAUUCUCUUUCUGAUAUUCUUGUGUGGUCUUAAGGGGCUCUAUCUGGGCCGACACUUUACGCACAUGCAGUAUGUCUUGGUCUUAAGGAGCUCUAUCUGGGCCGACCCUUUACCCACAUGCAGUAUGUCUUGGUCUUAAGGAGCUCUAUCUGGGCCGACACUUUACAUACAUGCAGUAUGUCUUGGUCUUAAGGGGCUCUAUCUGGGCCGACACUUUACCCACAUGCAGUAUGUCUUGGUCUUAAGGGGCUCUAUCUGGGCCGACCCUUUACCCACAUGCAGUAUGUCUUGGUCUUAAGGAGCUCUAUCUGGGCCGACACUUUACAUACAUGCAGUAUGUCUUGGUCUUAAGGGGCUCUAUCUGGGCCGACACUUUACCCACACGCAGUAUGUCUUGGUCUUAAGGGGCUCUAUCUGGGCCGACACUUUACCCACAUGCAGUAUGUCUUGGUCUUAAGGGGCUCUAUCUGGGCCGACACUUUACCCACAUGCAGUAUGUCUUGGUCUUAAGGAGCUCUAUCUGGGCCGACACUUUACCCACACGCAGUAUGUCUAGUUUUCCAUGAGGGAGACUCAUUUGUAUUUUUUACUCUUCAAAUGUUAUUGGAUAUUUUGGUAUUGUUAAAUAUUAUUUCUCAUUUAUUAUUCUGUCAGAUAUAUAACUUGGCCUUUACUUGCGCAUUUAUGAUUUAUUUAUUGUCUGAAAGGGUUUUUAAUCUCAACUUUAUGGACAUUUUUGUACCAAGAAUUCCAUUUAAUUUGUAAAUGAGACAUUGAAAAUCAAAUUGUGUGUGAUUCAUCUGUCUCGCAUUGAAAACUCCUUAUACAAUAUUUAAAAAUCUUGUAAUCAGCAAACAAGGUCCAACUGUUGUUAUUAUUUGUUACUAAAUAAGUACUAGGGUGUUAUUUCCAUACAUAAAACUUUUAUUAUAUACUUAUAUGUACAUUUAUUAUAAAGGCUCUUUUAAAUUUUUAUGCUCGAGUUGGACGCAUUAAGCAUUGCACUUGUCCAUACGUCUGCAUGUAUGUACAUCCCUAAGCUUGUGUUUUAAAGUCCUCUGUAACUACUUGAUAAAUUACCGGUAAGCUAAAUCUGUUACAGUUGAAUAAUCUUGGUGCUUAGACAAUUAUAAAGAAAGUUAUUUUCGCUGCGACAAGUUUUGGUUGAAUUAUUGCUCUUCGUCUGUUGUUCCACUAAAGAAUAUAUUGUUGAAAAAUGUUAAUGAUUUAAUUGCUACAUUACUACUUGAUGGAUCUCUCUCAAACUUAAACAGUUGAAUGACCUCAAUGUGCUUAUGAUGUUAAAGAACACAUUUUGGCUGUUAAGAGUAUUUGCAGAAUAAUUUUAAAAAUUUGUGUCUGUUUUUCUUCUGUAGAAUAUAUAGUCCAUAUAUUUUAUGUUUUCAACUCCUGUUUAAUUGCUUGGAUGAUUUUCGAAUUAUAGUAAUGUGUCAAUGAUAACAAAGAAAGCAAUUUUGGCAGGGACCUGUUCCGAGGUAAUUUUAGCCCUUUGCAUUUAGUCCAAGAUGUUAUUGUGGAUUUGUCCAAACAUACGUUUUGGGGGAAUUUGUGUCUGUGACUCAUUUCUAGUUAUUUACAUUUUAUUUUUCAUUUAUUAUUAUUAUUGUGAAAUGCUAUGUCUCUUUCAUUAUACCAGUACAUUAUUUGUUUUCUUUUCUUAACUGUGAUAAAUUAAAAAUCUCAGAUGGUUCUGCACAUGUACACUUUUUGUUUGUUAUUUGUAUUAUUUUUUUUUUUUAUUCAAAUGCAGCUUCAUUCUAUUCUAUUUUAUUUUUACUUUAGUUUAAAGGAAUAGUGUCAUUUUUAAUGACACAUUGAGAUUGUUUUUAAAUAAUUUCUGUACGUCUGUACAUAAAUAUCCAUUUGAGACACCAGUCCAUGAGUUUGUUUUACUAUGUGGUAUUGUAACAGUAUUAGGCAUGACAGUGUCAAAGUUGUAUUGUUUUGCUAUCUGUUUUAUUAAUACAUUGGUCAUAUAUACUAUUGCAUUUAAAAAGUUUGUAAUUUAAGAUCUUUGAUGGUUCAUUUUUCAUUGUUCUUAUUAUUGCUUAUUGCAUCAUUUUAAUUAACCAGGUUUUCCGAAGGAAAAAACUGGUUAUUAGAUUGGCGAAUGCGGGCGGGCUGGCUGGCUGGCGGGCUGGCUGGCGGGCUGGCGGGCGGGCGGAACAAGCUUGUCCGGGCCAUAACUAUGUCGUUCAUUGUCAGAUUUUAAAAUCAUUUGGCACAUUUUGUUCACCAUCAUUGGACGGUGUGUCGCGCGAAAUAAUUACGUCGAUAUCUCCAAGGUCAAGGUCACACUUUGAGUUCAAAGGUCAAAAAUGGCCAUAAAUGAGCUUGUCCUGGCCAUAACUAUGUCAUUCAUUGUGAGAUUUUAAAAUCAUUUGGCACAUUUGUUCACCAUCAUGGGACGGUGUGUCGCGCGAAAUAAUUACAUCGAUAUCUCCAAGGUCAAGGUCACACUUUGAGUUCAAAGGUCAAAAAUGGCCAUAAAUGAGCUUGUCCUGGCCAUAACUAUGUCAUUCAUUGUGAGAUUUUAAAAUCAUUUGGCACAUUUGUUCACCAUCAUGGGACGGUGUGUCGCGCGAAAUAAUUACGUCGAUAUCUCCAAGGUCAAGGUCACACUUUGAGUUCAAAGGUCAAAAUUGGCAAUAAAUGAGCUUGUCUGGGCCAUAAUUAUGUCAUUCAUUGUGAGAUUUUACAAUUAUUUGGCACAUUUGUUCACCAUCAUGGGACGGUGUGUCGCACGAAAGAAUCACGUCAAUAUCUCCAAUGUCAAGGUCACCACAACUUAAAAUAGAUUUAUUUUGAAACAAACUUACAAAGGGGGUUAAUUUUGUUUGUUCAUUUCAAAAGUUCAGUUUGAGUUGUCUCCCUUAAUCAGAUUUUUUUUCACAAUGA